GUGGCGCUGGAUGAUACAUAUCGCACAAUUUGGGGGAUUUUUUCCCGAAACUAUAAACAAAGUCUCUGCAGCUCCCUGGUAUACCCCAAGUGCCCCAGGGCAAACACCUCAAUGUACUCCUGUCGAGGGCAGUAGAGACUACAAUAGAGACUGGCUCAUGCAGCUGCACGCCCGUCUGUCGCUGACGUGUCUGCCAUUACGUAGACCACUUGGCUCCCAGGAGCCUCAGCGGCAAGGUCCCGCCCCCUCGGGGGCUCUGCGCAUGCGCCUCUGAUUUAGUGGCUACGCUCUGCGUGGAGAGGACUCCCUCCUCAAGGAGUCGUGGAGGCAACGGCGUUUUCCCGCGCAUUUUCUUGGCGCCUCAGGAUUCCUUGCGGCACCUGGAGACCUCAGUAUUAUGUCUUUAUGUGAAGAUAUGCUGCUCUGUAAUUAUCGCAAAUGUCGCCUCAAACUCUCUGGUUAUGCCUGGGUCACUGCCUGCUCUCACAUCUUCUGUGACCAGCAUGGCAGUGGUGAGUUUAGUCGUUCACCUGCUAUCUGUCCUGCCUGCAACAGUACCCUUUCUGGAAAGCUAGAUAUUGUCCGCACAGAGCUCAGUCCAUCAGAGGAGUAUAAGGCCAUGGUAUUGGCAGGACUUCGGCCUGAAAUUGUGUUGGACAUUAGCUCCCGGGCACUGGCCUUCUGGACGUAUCAGGUACAUCAGGAGCGUCUCUAUCAAGAAUACAAUUUCAGCAAGGCUGAGGGCCAUCUGAAACAGAUGGAAAAGAUAUAUACUCAGCAAAUACAGAGCAAAGAUGUUGAAUUGACCUCUAUGAAAGGGGAGGUCACCUCCAUGAAGAAAGUGCUAGAGGAAUACAAGAAAAAGUUCAGUGAUAUUUCUGAGAAACUUAUGGAGCGAAAUCGUCAGUAUCAAAAAUUACAAGGCCUGUAUGAUAGCCUUAGGCUACGUAACAUCACUAUUGCUAACCAAGAAGGUAACCUGGAACCAAACAUGAUAGCACAAUCUGGUGUUUUUGGCUUUCCAGUAGGGAACAACUCCAAAUUUCCUUUGGACACAACACCAGUUCGAAAUCGCUGUGGUGGAGAUGGAGAUUUUCAAUUCAGACCAUUUUUUGUGGGUUCGCCCACAGCACCUGAACCCAGUAACAGCUUUUUCUGUUUUGCCUCCCCAAGUCGUGAAUUAGAUCAACAGCAAGUCUCUAGCAGAGCAUUUAAAGUAAAAAGAAUUUAGCUUAUUAAAGUAAGCUAAGAAUGUUUUUUCUCUUUACUUUUAGUGAUUUCAUUUAGAUGUAUAAAUCUACAUCUCAGAUUUGGUUCUGGGAUCUAUGGAUAUAUGUAUGUGUGUGUUUAUUUAAACUGAUAUUCUGCCAGUAUAUUUAUGCUAAGAAUUUAUGUUAAUAUUAUGUUAAGAAUCUCAAGAAAUGGUGAGUGAGUUUGGGCUUAUUAUUUGAAUGUGUACAUUUAUUUGUAUUUGUUCAUAGAUUUGUGCUUUUGGAAGUGCUCAUAUCAUUGAAUGAGAGGAGAAUUUGAUGUAU